GAAUAACAAAGUAUCGUGGCAGGUAUAUUUGUUGUUUCAGGAUCUUGCUUUGUUUAUUUUUCAGUGUGACAAAGAAACUCAAACUUCUGUUUUGGUACCGUUGAGGUCGCUUUCUCAGUUGAAUUUCCUUCAUACAUUUAUUGUUUAUAGUGUGGUGCUCUCUUUAGAAACCUUCUUGGAGAAGAAAUGGAGAAUAGGGUACCCUUCUUCAUCUUCCUGUCCUCUUUCUCAUUCACGCUGCUACUUCUCUUGCACCUUUCUUCUGCUCAGAUUCCAGGUUUUGUGAGUCUGGACUGUGGUGGUAAAGAAAAUUUCACUGACGAAAUUGGUCUUCCAUGGACUCCUGAUGAACUUAGGUAUGGAGACAUAAGCACUAUAUCAGUUGCAAAUGAGACACGGAAGCAAUACACAACAGUACGACAUUUUCCUGCUGAUUCUAGAAAAUACUGCUACUCACUUGAUGUUGUUAGUAGGACAAGGUACUUACUGAGGGCGUCGUUCUUGUAUGGGAACUUUGAUGCAAACAAUGUUUAUCCAAAAUUUGACAUUUUUGUUGGUGCUACUCAUUGGUCGACUAUAGUUAUAUCUGAUGCUAACACCAUAGAAAUGAGAGAGCUCAUAUUUCUGGCUUUAAGUCCUACAGUUAGUGUAUGUUUAUCAAAUGCAACAACUGGAAAGCCAUUCAUAUCUACUCUUGAACUCCGGCAAUUCAAUGGUUCAGUUUAUUAUACAUACACCGAGGAACACUUUUACCUCAGUGUAUCCGCCAGGAUAAAUUUUGGUGCAGAUAGUGAUGCUCCAAUCAGGUAUCCUGCUGACCCAUUUGAUAGAAUUUGGGAGUCAGAUUCUAUCAAGAGAGCAAACUAUCUUGUCGAUGUUGCUGCCGGAACUAGGAAAAUUUCCACCAACAAAUCAAUUGAAGUUAGCAGUGAUGAAAUGCCUCCAAUGAAAGUAAUGCAGAGUGGUGUAGUGGGCACAAAUGGAUCUCUAACUUACAGGUUGAACUUGGAUGGUUUUCCUGGUUUUGCGUGGGCAGUCACCUAUUUCGCAGAGAUUGAAGAUUUGGCUGAAAAUGAAUCCAGGAAAUUCAGACUAGUACUUCCUGGUCAUCCGGAUAUUAGUAAGCCUGUAGUAAAUAUUGAAGAAAAUGCUCCAGGAAAAUAUCGCCUCUAUGAACCAGGAUAUACCAAUUUAUCCUUACCCUUUGUUUUGUCAUUUAAAUUUGCCAAAACAUCUGAUUCUGCCAGGGGCCCUCUUCUAAAUGCCAUGGAGAUUAAUGAGUAUUUGGAGAAAAAUGACGGCUCUCCUGAUGGAGAAGUUAUAUCUAGUGUACUUUCACACUACUCCUCAGAAGAAUGGGCACAAGAAGGGGGUGAUCCUUGUCUACCUGUUCCAUGGUCAUGGGUCCGCUGUAGCUCAGAUCAACAGCCAAAAGUAGUUUCAAUUUUGUUGUCCAAUAAAAACUUGACGGGCAAUAUUCCUUUGGAGAUAACCAAACUCACUGGUCUGGUUGAACUAUGGCUCGAUGAUAACAUGUUGACUGGCCCAAUACCAGAUUUCACAGGAUGCAUGGACUUAAAGAUCAUUCAUCUUGAGAACAACCAGUUGACAGGUGCGCUCCCAACAUCUUUGGUGAACCUUCCAAACUUGAGGGAAUUGUAUGUCCAAAAUAAUAUGUUAUCCGGAACUGUACCAUCGGAUCUUCUGAAGAAAGUUUCUUUUCUAAACUACUCUGGAAACGAUAAUCUUCGUAAAGAUAGCAGAAAAAAGACACCCUUGUAUGUGAUUAUUGGUGCAUCAGUUGGAGCUGCUGUUCUGCUUUUGGCCACUAUUAUAUCAUGCUUGUUUAAGCAUAAAGGAAAAAACAGAUAUUACGAACAAAACAGCCUUGUUUCCCACCCUUCUCAAAGUAUGGAGCCUACUAAAAGCAUUGGUCCUGCAGAAGCUGCACAUUGCUACAGCUUUUCUGAAAUCGAAAAAUCUACAAAUAAUUUUGAGAAAAAAAUUGGUUCCGGUGGUUUUGGAGUUGUUUACUAUGGAAAACUGAAAGAUGGAAAACAGAUAGCAGUUAAAGUUCUAACCAGUAAUUCCUACCAGGGCAAACGAGAGUUCUCCAACGAGGUGAUUCUUCUGUCAAGAAUACAUCAUAGAAACUUGGUACAGCUUCUCGGCUAUUGUCGAGAAGAAGGAAAUAGCAUGCUCAUUUAUGAGUUCAUGCAUAAUGGAACUCUCAAGGAACAUCUUUACGCCCCAUUAACACACGGACGGAGUAUCGAUUGGAAGAAGCGCCUAGAGAUUGCAGAAGACGCUGCAAAAGGGAUUGAGUAUCUCCACACAGGCUGUGUUCCUGCAGUCAUCCACAGAGACUUGAAAAGCAGCAACAUUCUUCUUGACCGACAAAUGAAAGCCAAGGUUUCAGAUUUUGGUCUUUCAAAACUUGCUGUGGAUGGGGCAUCCCAUGUUUCUAGCAUAGUACGAGGAACAGUAGGAUAUUUGGAUCCUGAGUACUACAUUUCUCAGCAGCUUACUGACAAAAGUGAUAUUUAUAGUUUUGGGGUAAUUCUUCUUGAACUCAUAUCUGGUCAAGAAGCAAUAUCCAAUGACAGCUUUGGUGCUAAUUGCAGAAACAUAGUCCAAUGGGCAAAACUACACAUUGAGAGUGGAGACAUACAAGGUAUCAUUGAUCCCGUGCUGCAGAACAAAUAUGACCUGCAAUCAAUGUGGAAAAUAGCAGAGAUAGCAUUGAUGUGUGUUCAACCACAUGGACACAUGCGGCCAUCAAUUUCAGAAGUUCUGAAGGAGAUACAAGAUGCCAUUGCUAUUGAAAGAGGCUCCGAAGGAAAUUCGGAUGAGCCAAGAAAUUCGGUUCAUUCUUCGGUCAACAUGGAUUUGGUUGCUCCUCAGAGCUUCCUCUCAAUUGAUGAUUCCAUUGCACAACCUACUGCACGAUAGAGUAAACACACAUGCACAUUUUUUUACUACCUUUUAAAUAUUGGCAAAGCCAUCAAGAUCCAAUUUCUCCUAGUUCUAGCUUUCAAAUUUUGCCUUUUGCUUAGUUGAAUGUGCCAAAUGUACACUUUUUGGAACGGAACAUAGUGAUUGUGUGAUUUUUUUUACGACAAAGUUUAAACUUUAGCCACUA